AUGGAUGAAGGAAGAGUAAAGAAAUAUACAGAUUUUAUAAAUUCUUUUGCCAGUUUUAAUAUACUAGAUAGUCAUAAUAAAUGCAAUCAUAUGGAGAAUAAAGACAACUUAGUUGAUAUGAUUGAAUAUUUUUGUAAUUUUUUAAUUAAAUAUUUUUAUAAUGACAUUAAUAUGGAUACUAUUAAUAUUAAAGAGUCAAAUCUAGACUCAGAACAAUUAUGGUAUUUAAUCGAAUGUUUAAUAAAAAAAAAAAAAUUAAAUAACCUUCUUGAAUUUUUUAAAAUAUAUGAAAAGCAGAUUGAUGAAGAAAAUUGUGAUAGAAAGAAGGACAAAAAAAUAAAAUCAGGAUAUAAGAUAAAUAGAGAUAUAAAUGACAAAUGGGAUGAUAAUAAAUCCAUUGAAACUUAUGAAGAUAAAAUAUUUUCUCAAAAAAAAAAAAAAACACAGGAGAAUAAAAUGAAUAGUAACCAGAGCACAAAAAAAAGAAAAGUAAAUUCAAUUCAAAAUAAAGAUUCGAAGUUAAAUAAAAAGAAAAAUAAUAAUGACAUUGAGAUUGACCAUAGUAAAAAUCUUGAGGAAGAUGAGAAUCAAGACAGGUUUUUUAAUUUUGAGGAAAUGGAAUCAUUUUUAAAUAAAGAAGAAGAAAAAAUGUUAAAGGUAAAUGAAAAGGAGGAGGUAAAAAUAGAUACACUAAAUGAAAAUUAUGAAUCUGAUGAUAAUCAAGAAAGUGAUGAGGAAGAAAUUGAUUUGAAUAAUUUUGAGGAUACAUAUGAGGAUGCGAAGAAAAUGAAGUAUGCGGAUUUUUACAAGGAUGUAAAUGGAAGUGAUGUAAAUGGAGGUGAUGUAAAUGGAGGUGAUGUAAAUGGAAGUGAUAAUUAUGAUGAUGAUAAUGAUGAUGAUGAUGAUAAUUAUGAUGAUAAUGAUGAUGAUAAUUAUGAUGAUGAUAAUGAUGAUGAUAAUUAUGAUGACGAUGAUAAUUAUGAUGAUGAUAAUUAUGAUGAUGAUAAUUAUGAUGAUGAUAAUGAUGAUGAUAAUUAUGAUGACGAUGAUAAUUAUGAUGACGAUGAUAAUUAUGAUGACGACAAUCAUGAUGACGACAAUCAUGAUGACGACAAUCAUGAUGACGAUAAUCAUGAUGACGACAAUCAUGAUGACAAUUAUAAUGACGAAUCCUAUGAAAAGAAAAAAUUAUAUGAUCGUAAGAUAGAACAAGAUAUAUACGAAAUAAACCAAUUUGACAGUCGUCUUAGUGAUAAUGAGGAUUCUUUAUCAAACGAACAUAAUGAUGAUAAAAAAAAAGAUGAUCUUCAAGAAAAAGAAAAAAUCGAAAAAGAGCUAGUUGCUGAAAAACAUUGGUCUUUAAAAGGAGAAGCCUAUGGAUAUAAUAGACCAAAAAAUAGUAUUUUAAAUUUAAAUUUUGAAAUACCUAAAUUGAAUACAUAUAAUAAUACAUUAGAAAAUAAAAAUGUAGGAAAUAUGGAAAUUACAGAUGAUGAUGAUGAAGAAGAUGAAGAAGAUGAUGAUAAUAAAAAUAAGAAUAACAAUUCUUCUAAAAAGAAAGAAAAUAAAAUGAACACACUAAAUAAUGAAAUCGAAACAGUUGUAAAACAAAGAAUACAAAAUAUGCUUUUUGAUGAUGUAGAAAAAAAAACUAUAGAAGAUAUUGAACUUGAAGAAUUUAAUAAAAAUGAUGAAAUAAAUUUUGAUAAUUUAAAUUUUUCUAAGAGUAAAAUAAGUCUAGUAGAUGAAUAUACACAAAAAUAUCAAGAGGAUAUUAUGAAUUCACAAUCAAAAAAUAAAGAAAUUAAUUUACAAAAAAUAGAAAUUAUGAAUCUAUUCAAAAAAAUUAUGCAUGCAUGUGAUUCUUUAUCAAAUGACUAUUUUAUUCCAAAACCAAUUUUAUUAAAUAAUAAAAAUAAUAAAAUGGCUACAUUAAAUAUUGAAGAUUCGGUACCUAUGAUUUUAUCUGACAAAAAUAAAAAAACAGCAGAAGAAAUAUUUAAACCUCAACAUAUAAAACAACCAAAUGAACUAAACAAAGACGAAAAGAAAUCUUUAAGAAAAUCAAAAAAAAUCAAAAAAAAAAAAUAUAUAUUAAACCAAUUUAAACAAACAGGUAUUAAUGAACUAAUAAAAAGAAAUACUGAAAUAAAAAAUAAAAAUAAAAAAAAUAAAGAUCAAAAAAUUAAUCAUAAAAAAUAUGGAGUAUCAUCAAAAAAUAAUUUGGAAAAUAACAAAAUUGGAAACAGGUACAGUUUUGGUAGGGAAAUAGCCAAAGCACUAGAAAUGGAUAAAAUAAAAAAUAAAAAUAAAAAAUAA